AUGCUCAUGACCAAGAAGCCAGAGACCAUGCUGGCCAUCCUGCUGACUAUUCUGGUCGCCGUGACCACCCUCGGCCUCGUGAUCCUAAUCCUCGUCCUCUAUCCUCCUCGAGCCGAUGAUCGCCAUCGCGGCCCGCGCCACGACGACCGCCGUGACUACGCCCGCCCUCGCCACUACGACCGCCCCCGCGACUACGACCGCCCCCGCGACUACGACCGCCCCCGCGACUACGACCGCCCUCGCGACUACGACCGCCACCGUGACUACGACCGCCCUCGCGACUACGACCGCCCUCGCGACUACGACCGCCCUCGCGGCUACGACGACGAUCGUGCCCGUGAUCGCGGUCGCGAGAGCUACGCCCGCCCGCAGUACUCGCAUGAUGAAGAGCCGCGCGGCGACCGGAACCGGAACCGUGACGCAUAUCCGCCGCCUGCACCCCGCGACGACCCACUCCCGCCACCCACCCGCCCGUCGGUCCUCGAUCGGCUUGGCGACCGCGGCCGCUCGCCUGCGCCACCGCUGCCACCGCCACGCGCGAGAUCGCGCUCGCGCGACCGUGACCUCCGCCGCCCGGCAUAUCCACCGGCCGACCGUGGCUACGACCGCGGCCACAACCGCGACCGGGGCCAUGGCCGCGACCGCGGUUACGACCGCAGCCGUGGCUACGACCGCGACCGUGGUGAUCGCGACCGAGGACGGAGCCAGCGCGCCACGCCGCACGACGAUGAUGGCUACAAGCAGCGGCGCGAGGCCAAGGCGUUCAAGACCCGGAUGUGCAAGAUGGUCGAGCGCGGCGAGCCGUGCCCGCGCAGCAACGACUGUCCCUUUGCCCACCAUCCAUCCGAAAUCCGCCAGCACCCCUCGUAUAAGACUCGGAUGUGCAAGGCUGUCCUCAACGGCGGCGCAUGCUCCAACCCGUCGUCCUGCAACUUUGCCCACACGCGCGACGAGCUCCGCACUGUCGGCAACACUGCCCCCGCCAGUAGCCAGUAA